AUGAAUGCAAUUAAAUGUGUAGUAGUUGGUAACGGAGGUGUGGGUAAAACAAGUCUAUUAAAGUGUUAUACGACGGACAAAUACGACCUCUGUUGGACGGCCUAUAUUUGUGACAAUAUAUACAAUUAUUCCGCUAAUGUGAUGGUCGACGGAGAGUCCGUCAAUCUAGACCUCUGGGAUACGGCCGGUCAGGAGGACUACGACCGACUGCGGCCCCUAUCAUACCCGCAAACCGACGUCUUUCUCAUAUGCUAUUCGGUGGACAACCCGUCAUCCUUUGAAAACGUACGGAUCAAAUGGUAUCCGGAAGUGAGACACCACUGUCCCGAUAAACCUAUUAUACUGGUGGGCACUAAACUGGAUCUCCGGGACGACCCCAAAACACUGGACAAGCUUAAGGAGCGCAAAAUGGCACCCAUUACUUACCCCCAGAGCCUGGCCAUGGCUAAGGAUAUCGGCGCCGUUAAGUACUUGGAGUGCUCGGCGCUCACACGGGAAGGCCUUACGAAUGUGUUCGAUGAGGCCGUACGUGCCGUCUCGUGUCCUCAGGUCAAGCCUAAUAAAAGGAAGCUCUGUGUUGUACUAUAAGCAAGAUCAUUAAUUUGACAUUUAACCCAUUAAACUGAAUCAAUAACCCUU